AUGUAAUAAAAUAAGUUAUUGCAGACCAUUUAACAUAUUUAUAAUUUGAAGAAUCCCCUCUUUAAAGAAAAAAUAAUCAUGCUUUGUUUAGUCUUUGUUUAAGAAAACAAAUCAGAAUUUCCAAUAAAAACUCUUCUGGAAUAAUUACCAUUUUAAUUUGAAGAAUUACUUUAUGAUUACAUCAAAAAUUUGAAUUCUGAAGAUCCUUUCAUUUUAUCUAAGGCUUUUGAUUUAUUAACUCAUAAAAACAUGUAAAAGAUUUUAGAUAUAAAUACAUAUCUGAAAUAUGAAAUAUUGUUGCUCAAAUAUAUUGCCUAAUAAUAUAAGAUCUAAUAAAAUUAUCAUGUGGCUGUUAAGACUAUUAAAUAUGUUUUAGAAUUAGAAUAAAAAAUAGAACCCAGAGAUUCAGUUAGUAUUAUAUCGAGUCGUAUGAGUUUGGUAACUAUCUUAUCUACUGCUGGAUAACAUACAUAAGCUUUAAAUGAAUUGAAUGCCAUAUAACAUUUCAUCAAUUAAAUUUAAGAUUAAAAACCAUACCUGAAACUGAUUUGCAUUAUGUAUUAUAAUUAUGGAGUAGAGUGGGAACAUUUAGGUUAAUUGUUUUAAUCUUAAAUUAAUCUCUCUUAAGCAUUGGAAAUUGCUAAAACCAAUAAAUUUGAAGAGCUCAUACAAAUCGUUGAAUAAGCUAUUGCAAAUAUUAAAAAAUCUAAAUGAU